AUGGUGAGCGAGGAUUUCGGAGACACAGAAGGAACUCCUUCGGAGCCCGCAAUCAGAGAGGCUGUCCCUGAACAGGCCGACUCAGAUCUUUUCGAGAGCGAAGACAUCAAAGUCGGGUGCAAGUGUUAUGUGUCCAAGGAUGGCGAGUUUAGGCUAGCGGAAAUUCUCUCUGUCCACAUGAGAAAGGGCAGACUGGUGUUUUAUGUCCAUUAUCAAGAGUUCAACAAGCGUUUGGAUGAGUGGAUCGAAAAAGACAGGGUUGACUACAGAAGGCCCUUGCAGAUGCCCAAACCACCAUCUUCGAAGAAGGACAAAGACAAGAAUAAGUCUGCUAAGAAUAAAGUGGGCAAAAAAUCUAAGAGAGACACUUCAAAGUCGGAAGUGACUUCCAAGGAGGACACGCCUGCAACCGGUGAUGUCAUGGAUCUGGACAACCUGGAUGUACAAGGUCUCAGGAAAGAAGGUGAGGAACUGAGUAGAGCAGAUGAGAUUGAAAAACUGAGAACUGGAGGUUCUAUGGCGCAAACAUCCCACAGUGAGGUCUCCAAGGUGAGGAAUUUCUCAAAGAUUAUUAUCGGAAACCACGAGGUUGAACCAUGGUACUUUUCGCCAUAUCCAGUGGAGCUUACAGAUGAGGAGGAGCUCUACAUUUGUGAUUUCACUAUGAGCUAUUUUGGUUCGCGCAAGCAGUUUGAGAGGUUCAGAUCAAAGUGUACCUUGAAACAUCCUCCCGGAAACGAAAUCUACAGAGACGACUAUGUGUCGUUUUUCGAGAUUGACGGCAGGAAGCAGAGAACGUGGUGUCGAAACCUGUGUCUUUUGUCCAAACUUUUUCUGGACCACAAGACUCUUUACUACGACGUUGAUCCGUUCCUAUUCUAUUGUAUGACCAGGAGAGAUGAACUCGGACACCAUUUGGUGGGCUAUUUUUCCAAGGAGAAAGAGAGUGCAGAUGCAUAUAACGUUGCAUGUAUUUUGACUCUUCCUCAGUACCAGAGGCACGGUUAUGGUAAACUGUUGAUCCAGUUCUCAUACGAGUUGUCGAAAGUUGAGGGCAAGACUGGCUCACCUGAGAAGCCUCUGUCGGAUCUGGGUUUACUUUCGUAUAGAGCUUAUUGGGCAGAUACGAUAGUGUCGUUGCUAGCGGAAUCUUCAACUGCAGAGAUGAGCAUUGACGAGAUCUCUUCGCAAACCUCCAUGACUACAACAGACAUUCUGCACACUCUCCAGACUUUGAACAUGUUGAAAUACUACAAGGGCCAGCAUAUCAUCUGUCUUACUGAUCAGGUGAUGGAGUCUUACGAGAAAUUGACCAAGAAGAAGAGACAUCUUCUGGACCCAUCGAAACUUGUUUGGAGGCCUCCUGUGUUCACAGCAUCUCAGCUACGUUUUGGUUGGUAA